AGAUAAGUUGGCUUUCACUCAGAGCCGGGCUGUGAGCUAUUUCUUUGAUGGCUCUGGCUAUGCCUUGGCAAGAAACAUUGAGAGAAGGGGAAGAUUCACCCAGGUGACCCGAUUUGACAUAGAAGUUCGAACACCUACAGACAAUGGAUUGAUCCUGCUGAUGAUUAAUGGGAGUAUGUUCUUCAGCCUAGAGAUGCAUAAUGGAUUCUUGUACCUCCGAUAUGACUUUGGCUUCAGCAAUGGUCCUGUGCUUCUUGAGGACUCCAUGAAGAAGGCUCAGAUUAACGAUGCUAAAUUUCAUGAGAUUUCUAUUAUAUAUCACAAUUAUAAGAAGAUGAUCUUGGUAGUAGACAGGAGACAUAUAAAAAGUGUGGAUAAUGAAAGAACAGCAAUGCCGUUCACAGAUAUCUACAUUGGAGGAGCACCUGCUGAGAUCUUGCACUCCAGCAUUAGUUCACAUCUGGCAGGAAGUAUCGGCUUUAAAGGCUGCAUGAAGGGUUUCCAGUUCCAAAAGAAGGAUUUCAACUUGUUGGAAGAACCAGGAACCCUGGGAAUCAGCUAUGGGUGCCCGGAGGAUUCAUUGAUGUCCCGCAAUGCAUAUUUCAAUGGAGAGAGCUUCAUUGCAUCAAGCCAAAAAGCAUCUCUCUUCACUAAAUUUGAAGGAGGCUUUAAUUUCCGGACAUUGCAGCCCAGUGGGCUCUUGUUUUACUAUUCUGAAGGAUCAGAUGUAUUAUCCAUCUCUAUGGACAGAGGUGCUGUGGUUUUAAAUGCAAGUGGAACCAAAAUUCAAUCACCAGACCGAAAUUACAAUGAUGGAAAAACACACUUCAUCAUUACUUCUGUCACCCCAGAGAGGUAUGAGCUGACUGUUGAUGACAAGAAACAAAGCAAGAAGAACCCAGCAAAGGACAGAGCAGGGAAAAGCCCAGACAGUGUCAAGAAGUUUUAUUUUGGUGGCUCUCCCCUCAGAACACAGCAAGCCAACUUCACUGGCUGCAUAAGCAAUGCUUACUUCACUAGAUUGGAUCAAGAGGUUGAAGUGGAAGAUUUCCAGAAGUACACUGAGAAAGUUCAGGCAUCUUUGUAUGGAUGCCCUGUUGAAUCUCCUCCAGUUGCUCUUCUCCAUAAGAAAGGAAAAAACUCAUCAAAAGCCAAAGGAAACCGUAAUAAAAAGGUGGGAAGAGAUAAAGACAAGAUUUCACAGCCUACAACUGGCCUCAAAAAACUGUAUCAAGUGAACAUGCAAAGAGACCCUCAGUGCCACUUGCCCAUGAAUCCCAAGGCAACCAAAGAUGCAUAUCAGUUUGGAGGAACAGCAAACAGCCGGCAAGAAUUUGAUUACAUACCAAAGGAUUUCAGUCAAAGAGCCCAGUUCUCUAUCAGUCUGAAAACUCAUUCAUCUCAUGGAAUGAUCUUCUAUGUUUCGGAUCAAAAAGAGACCAACUUCAUGGCACUUUUUGUUGCUCAUGGCCGACUCGUUUUUAUGUUUAAUGCUGGUCAUCAGAAGAUAAGGAUUAAGAGCCAGGAGAAAUACAAUGAUGGUCUGUGGCACAAUGUGAUAUUUAUUAGAAGCAAAAAUAUUGGUCGGCUGAUAAUUGAUGGUCUUCGAGUACUGGAAGAAUCUUUUGGUGGUAAUGCCAAUACUUGGCAAGUCACUGAACCACUCUAUAUUGGAGGUGUAGCUCCUGGAAAAGCUGUAAAAAAUAUCCAGAUUAACUCUGUCUACAGUUUUAGUGGUUGUCUCAGCAACUUACAGCUCAAUGGAAGAUCAAUUACUUCAGCUUCGCAGACAUUUAGUGUAACACCUUGCUUUGAAGGCCCAUCAGAAGCAGGAACAUACUUCUCAUCAGAAGGAGGAUAUGUCGUCCUUGAUGAAUCCUUCAGUUUAGGCCUGAAAUUUGAAGUUGUUUUUGAAAUACGUCCCCGAAGCAGCUCAGGAAUUCUACUGCAUGGCCACAGCGUGAAUGGAGAGUACCUGAACAUGCACAUGAGAAAUGGACAGGUUACUGUGAAACUGAAUAAUGGAAUCAGGGAUUUUUCAACUUCAGUGACACUGAAACAGAGUCUAUGUGAUGGCAGGUGGCAUCGAAUUGCAGUUAUUCGAGAUGCUAAUGUGGUGCAGCUGGAUGUAGACUCUGAAGUCAACCACGUGGUAGGGCCACUUAAUCCAAAAGCAAUUGACCACAGGGAACCAGUGUUUAUUGGAGGUGUACCAGAGUCUCUGCUAACAUCCAGCCUGACUACACGCAAUUCCUUCACUGGCUGCAUCCGUAACUUCAUGAUUGAUGAAAAGCCAGUAAGUUUUAGUAAAGCAGCUUUGGUUAGUGGUGCUGUAAGCAUCAAUACCUGUCCAGCAGCCUGAUAGUGCACUGCAUCAAUCCUGUAAAGUUCUUUAGACCACAGAAGGAACAAGAGAAGAAAAGAAACCAUGCUCAACAAGAGAAGAAGAAUGAAAAUAUCACGGAAAGCAACUUGCUUAAGCAUCACUUCUAACAUUUAUGUGCAAACAGAAAUCACUGAAUAAAGGGCUGUUGCUUCUGCACUUCUCUUACUAUACCAC